AUGGCCUGAUGGAUGAUGGAGACGAGUUCAUGAUGAAGACAAGUGAUGGACGAGUCUUACUAGUUCCUCGUUAGAUGUGGGCUCAUUUUAAUGCUGAGAAAUGUGUGCAAUAUUUGAAGCAUGUACUAUCUGUUUUCACUACUCAUCCUGCAAAACCUAAACCCACAAUACUUUCAUUGGAAGGAAUCAGAGGAACUAAGAACGAAUAUGAUGCCAAAACUGGAUGCUUUUGUAAUGAGCUCGUAGGAGAAUUGACCAUUUGCUUCGGAAGAGUUGGCUGCACGGCUAUGACUCAGAAUAUCCCAAUAAGCAGUAAAUACUUGAAGCUGAUAAAUACCCGUAUUAAAGUUUUAGGACCGGAAGACUUUAAAAAUUUAGAUUUCUUAGUCGAACUGCAAAUAGAAGAAAACUUCGACCUCGCACACAUUUUAAAUGGAACAUUUAGCAACUUGAGCAAUUUGGUGAAUCUAUCCAUAUCGUACAAUGGACAAUUGAAAACGAUUGAAACAGGUGCAUUUCGGGGUCUUUCCAAAUUGGAAAAUCUGUUUCUGAAUAAUAAUGGGUUUGAAAGUGUAUACGAAAUAACUCGAGGCUUAAGUCCGCAAGCAGUGCCACAUUUGGUGACUUUGGUAAUGGAUUCCAAUGAUUUUCAAGCUAUCGCCGAGGCCGAAUUUUUAGCCAUGGAGAAUUCAAGAGUCGAAGAGCUGAGCUUAAGUCUGUGCAGAAUAGAAUAUAUUCAUCCGCUGGCGUUGAAACCAUUGAAGAAUCUGCGUAGACUUCAUCUAGGAGAAAACAGUAUUAACGAUUCCGUUCUCUCAAAAAUGCUCGACAAUACAUUGGAGGAAAAUAUAAAUCUACAGACACUGGAUUUCUGCAAUAUGGGUUUUAAAAAGGAGCCUCCAAGGCCUCUGAUGGCAGCGAUAGCAAAGUCUAACAUUUCGCAGUUAAGACUGGCAAAGAAUCAAUUUGAAAUACUUGAUAAAAACAGUUUUCCGUUUUUGCCUAAUCUGAUGUUUUUGGAAUUGCGCGAUGUUCUGACUCUUCAGAUCACUGACGAUGCCUUUAGAAAUCUGCCAAACAUGAAAACUUUACUGUUAGGUGGCAACAAAUUGACCGACAUUCCCAGGGCAGUGUUAAGUUUAAAAAACUUGACUGUUUUGGAUAUGUAA